CAAACGAGUGGAGAGCUUUCUGCAGCUACUGCAUUUGUAAACUCUAGCGCUUCGGCUCCAAAUACGUCUCCUGUCCUGUCUCCUCUCUCCCCAUAUUUACGAAGAAGCGGACUAUCUAGGGUUACGGUUUCUUCAUCUUUUAGGGGUCUUAACGUUCUUGCUUUCAUGGCUCUGUCUCUGCUUAAUCAAGGCGCAAUUUGCCAAAACUGUUGCCGAGAAAGUUGCAACCCUGCAAAUUACAACCCUUUAGGGUUUCCAUUGAGGUCGCAUCUUUUGAUUUCGAAUAAUCAUAAAAAAUCAGGCAAAGAUCACAGACUCCAUUGUUCGUCAUCAAGCACAAAGGCGCCAAUUUUAGAGGAUGGGUUCAAGAAUGGAUGUGAUCCAGUUCCAGUUGUGAUACUUGAUCAAGAUACAGAUCCAUGUGCAACCGUCGUGGAGAUAUAUUUUGGGGAUCGACUUGGCAGCCUACUGGAUACAGUAACAUUACACAUGGAGUCUCUUAGGGAACUUGGUUUGAACGUCACUGAAGGCCGUGCUUCAUCAGAUUCUGUUGGAACCCAUAAGAUAUUUUCAAUAACAUUAGGUGCUACAGGUCGCAAGGUGGAUGACCCAGAAUUGUUAGAGGCAAUUCGUCUUACAGUUAUUAGUAAUUUGCUGAAAUAUCAUCCAGAAACAAGCAUUCAGCUCGCUAUGGGCGAAUUCUUUGGCACCAUGCCCCCUAAACAUAAGCUGGAUGUUGACAUGACCACCCGUAUAACCAUUUUUGACGAAGGCCCAACCAAGAGCUUGCUUUCCAUUGAAACUGCUGAUAGACCUGGUUUGCUCUUGGAUAUCAUGAAGGUGAUUGAUGACAUAAGUUUAUCAGUAGUGUCCAUGGAGUUUGAUACAGAGGGACUGGUAGCAAGAUCAAAGUUUCAUGUUAGCUACAAGGGUUUUCCCCUUGCCAAACCAAGGAAAGAGGUAUUGAAAAACAGCCUAAGGUACUUCCUAAGGAGGCCUUCAACUGAGGAUGCCAGUUUCUAAACACUCCCCACUCGCAUCAACAUCUUCUAUCUAAAAGCUUAUCAUUGAGAUUAAACG